CAAAUAAACAAGAAAAACGCAUGCCUUUUUAUUAUGUUUGUUGGGCUGUAGACUGUGGUCAACCGCAUGAAAAAGGCGACUCGUGUAUUGCCGCUGCGCAACUGCCACUACCUUCAUCACCUCCGCCCUCUAAAAAAUUGUGUAGUAUCUGUGUACAUUUUAACUCAAAACUAUCAUUAUAAACCUCGGCAUUACUGCAACAAUGGCCAACUCAAUCACGACACUCUCGUCACACUACUCCCAAAAAUCUCAACUCUUGAGGCCACCAAAUCUCUCCACGCUCUCGCCAUCACAAUGGGCUCAAAUCACGCCCAAAAUAUCUUCCUUUACAACAAUAUCAUCUCAUUGUACGCGUCGUUGGGCUUGUUGUGUAAAGCACGCAAGGUGUUUGAUGAAAUGCCUGAGAGAAAUAAUGUUUCUUUUAAUACGGUUAUUAGCUGUUAUAGCCGUGAUGGGCUUGUGGGUGAUGCUUGGGGUGUUUUUUAUGAGAUGAGGAGAUGUGGGUUUGUGUUCACGCAGUUUACAUUUGGCGGGCUUUUAUCGUGUGAUUGUUUGGAGGUUUGGAGAGGAAUGUACUUGUAUGGGUUGAUUGUGAAGAGUGGGUUGCUUUAUGUUGAUGCAUUUGCAGGGACUGCGUUGUUGGGGUGCUUUGGGAGGAAUGGGUGUUUAGAUGAAGUUUUUCGGGUGUUUGAAGACAUGCCGAGUAAGAGUUUAGUGACUUGGAAUUCGGUGAUAUCUUUGUUUGGUCAUCAUGGGUUUGGGGAUAUGGGUUUGUAUAUGUUUCGUGAGCUUAUGAGAACUCGAGUGUCACUUUCGUUGUAUUCUUUUGUGGGUGUUUUAUCUGGAUUUGGACGGGAAGAGGACUUGGAAUGCGGAGAACAAAUACAUGGUUUAGCGAUAAAAUGUGGGUUAUGGAAUGUGGUUUUAGUAGCUAAUGCUCUACUUAACAUGUAUGUGAAGUCUUUGAGCGCAGAUAUGGCUGAAAUUAUGUUUGAGGAGAUGCCUGUUCGGGAUAUAGUGUCUUGGAACACUAUCAUAGGAGUAUUUUCAAGAAGUGGUAGGCCGGAGAAAGCAUUAGAAUGCUUUCGAAGUAUGAAUAAGGAUGAAAUCUUACCUAAUCAGACUACGACUGUCAGUGUCAUCAAUUCUUGUACUAUACUAAAGAUCAUACAUUGUGGACAAUCAAUUCAUGCUUUAGCGAUUAGGAAAAGAUUUGAAUUUGAUGUUUUUGUUGGUAGUGCAUUGGUUGACUUCUAUGCCAAGUGUGGUAGAAUGGAAGAUGCUCAUUGUUGUUUUGAUGAAAUACAAGAUAAAAAUGUGGUUUCGUGGAAUUCUUUGAUGAUUGGUUAUUUAAACACAAGUUGUUCAACCGCCGUUUUUUUACUACGUCAAAUGAUUCGAAUGGGUUACCGACCCAAUGAGGGUUCUUUUUCUACGGUCCUUAGAGUGUCCUUCAACACAGAGUUGCAGCAGCUUCAUUCAUUGCUGAUUAAAAUGGGUUAUGAUGACAAUGAGUAUGUUUUGAGCACACUUAUUGGCUCAUAUGCUAAAAGUGGUCUCAUAGACGACGCCUUGAAUUUUGCUGCUGAGACAAACAUGAUGCUCUCUGUCGUGCCCUCUAAUGUCAUUGCGGGAAUUUUUAACAGAACGGGUCAAUAUCACCGGACUCAAAGGUUGUAUUCUUUACUCGAUGAACCAGACAUUGUAUCUUGGAACAUAUUGAUUACAGCUUGUGCACGUCAUGGCGAUUACAAAGAGGUCUUUGAGCUUUUUGGCCAAAUGCAAAUAUAUCAGGUCCGUCCGGACAAGUAUACAUAUAUUAGCCUCUUAAGUGUUUGUACUAGAAUUUGUAACCUAGAUUUAGGUAGAUCACUUCAUGGACUCAUCAUUAAAACUGAUUUUAAGAGUUAUGACACAUUUGUGGGUAACAUACUAAUAGACAUGUACGGAAAAUGUGGAAGCCUUGAUAGUUCGAUUGGUAUCUUUGAUGAAAUGAAUGACAAAAAUGUGAUCUCGUGGACAGCUGUAAUGUCUUCACUUGAAUCACAUGGUCGUGUGUACGAGGCAGUACAAAAGUUCAGGGAAAUGGAGAGUAUGGGGUUUCUGCCAGACGAGGCUGCUAUUGCUGCAGCGCUAUCAGCAUGCAGGCGCAUAGGAUUAGUAAAGGAGGGGAUUGAAUUAUUUGAGCAGAUGCAAUCCAAGUACAAGAUGAAACCUGAAAUGGACCAUUAUAUUCUUGUGGUGGACUUAUUGGCUAGAAAUGGCCACCUUAAGGAAGCAGAGAAGUUGAUUACUGGAAUGCCUUUCCCCCCAAAUGCACGAAUUUGGAGAAUUUUCCUCGAAGGUUGCCAGGGACAGAGACAUACUGAGGACCUAGCUCUAUGUAUUUAAACCAAAAAUUCAGAUUAUCCUUUUCUUAACCUGUUCUGCCAAUUCAGAAGCAUGGCUUAUGAUACAUAAUAGAAGAAGCAGCCUUGCUCUUUUUCAUAAGCUAGGGUUUAAGUUGGCUGUUCACGAUGCAGGAGCAACAAAGCGACUUGUGCCAUCAGGACCCAAUCCGGAAACUAGUCCAGGAACACCGCCUAGUGUUGUAGCUGCUGGUGAAGUGAAAAGACUCGUUCCAACCGGACCCAAUCCAGAGACUAGUCCAGGAACACCGCCACCAGGAGUUGUAGGUGCCGGUGAAGUGAAAAGACUUGUUCCAACCGGACCCAAUCCAGAGACUAGUCCAGGAACACCGCCACCAGGAGUUGUAGGUGCUGGUGAAGUGAAAAGACUCGUUCCAACCGGACCGGACCCAAUCCAGAGACUAGUCCAGGAACACCACCGCCAGGAGCCGUAGGUGCUGGUGAAGUGAAAAGACUCGUUCCAUCCGGACCCAAUCCAGAGACUAGUCCAGGAACACCGCCUACACCGCCUGCAGCUCAUUUGCAGUAGAUCAUUUUCAGGACAACUGCAGAAUGGUCUUAAAUUUGACUCAACUAUGUUCGGUUUUUCGUUUUAAAAGAAGUUCAGUACACUCUUAUACUGUAAUGCAGUAUUUUUUUUAGUUCAAUAAACCCAUGCAUGAGAUGAGAUUAAAAUUA